AUGAGGCAUCAACGUGGAGAUAUAAGUCUCGUUAUUGAUCAGACAAAACUUCCUCUUCAAGAUCGUCCUAAACAUCCAAAUCUAGUUGAUGAUGGUAGAAGAAACGGGUACUUGGAUUUGUGUGUUCCACUAUGCCAAGCUGCUAUGAAAGGUGACUGGGAAUCAGCCCUAACUAUAAUCAAUCGACGGCCCGAGAUUAUCCGCGAAGCAAUCACCUUUCAGUGGGAGACUCCUCUUCACAUCGCUGUUGCAUCAAAACACAAACACUUUGUCAAAAACUUGCUUGAAUUUAUGGCUGAAGUUGAUCUAUAUCUACAAGACAAGGACGGCAAUACCGCUUUUUCUUUUGCUGCAGCUUCGGGAGUUGUUGAGAUUGCUCGACUCUUGGAAGAUAAGACCAAGCCAGUUUCAUUGGCUCGAGGGGCUGAAGAUCUGACUCCAAUCCACAUAGCAGCACUGUUCACUCGGCGGGACAUGGUAGUCUACCUUAACGAGAAUACAGACUUCAUAGAUGAUCUAAUCGAUGCAGGGCAGCUAACUAAUUUUUUUCUUGCCACCAUAUCAGCCGAUAUCUUUGGAGAGACAGCAUUGCACUUGAUGGCUCGCAAACCCUCUUCAAUUUCACUUGAAAAACAGUUGAACCAAUUCCAAAGACUAGCAAAUUCCAGUAAUUUUCAAAGGUUAAUCUUGGCUCAUCAGCUCGUAGAAGAGAUAUGGAAAUCAAUUGCACAACGACCAGGAGAAGAGAUUUGGGAUUUCAUCAAUUCACCUCGAAAUCUACUCUUUGAUGCCGUACAAUCAGGAAAUAUCGAGUUUUUAAAUAUUCUACUACUUCGUUCUUGUCCUGACCUCCUAUGGAAAGUUGAUGAGAAGAAUCAAAGUAUAUUUCAUGUGGCUGCUUUACAUCGUCAUGCAAGCAUUUUCAACAUAAUCUACGAGCUCGGAGCUAGGAAGGAUUUGGUAGCUUUUUAUAAAGAACCAUUGAAAAACGAAAACAUUCUGCACCUUGUGGCUCGUUUACCAUCUCCGGAUCGGUUACAAAUGGUACCGGGAGCAGCACUUCAGAUGCAAAGAGAACUACUAUGGUUCGAGGCUGUUAAAGAGAUUGUUCCUCAUACAUACAUCAAAGCUGAAAACGUAAAGGGGGAGACACCGCAUGCUGUAUUUAUUAAAGAACAUGAAAAUUUACGCAAAGAGGGAGAGAAAUGGAUGAAACAAACCGCAACAGCAUGUAUACUCGUAGCAGCGCUGAUUGCUACCGUGCUUUUUACAGCAGCCUUCACCGUACCAGGUGGAAUCAAAGAAUCAACGGGUCUUCCUAACUUUGCUGAGAAUGAGUGGUUUGAUACCUUCACCAAGUGGGACAUCAUUGGUCUCUUUACAUCUGUCGACUCUGUUGUGAUCUUCUUGUCGAUCUUGACUUCUCGGUACGCGGAAGAUGAUUUUCGGAAGGCCUUACCGGCGAAGCUGGUGUUGGGACUUACAACAUUGUUUGAAUCGAUAAUCGCCAUGGUUGUUUGCUUCACCGCGACAAUGAUCUUGAUCCGUGAUCACACGUCUACUGGGAGGCUGAUCCUCAUCUGUUUCCUUGCUGCUCUUUCGAUUCUCUUUUUUGUUGGAUUGCAUUUUCGGAUCUGGUUGGACACUGUUAUCUCAAUCUGUAAGUCGAGUUUUCUCUUCCAUCGACGUACCGGUCGCAUCUACCCAUGAAACUCGUAGUUUGU